UUCAGUGAUAUGUAAUGAUUAGUACAGCUUGCCAGACUUUUUUUCUUUUUGUUUACUUUUACAAAAACAACACACUUUUGUUUGAGAAAAAAUUUCAAAUAUUUAGUUUGAAUCAAGCCAAACAAUUUUCGCAAAUUUAUUUAGUUUUAAAUAUGAGUGAUCAAAUAAUUUUAACAAAAAUUGCUAAAUUAGCAAUUACGCAAGAAAUAUCGUGUGAUAAUAAAAAUGUAACAUUUGAGUGUAAGGGUAAAAAAUGGUUACUUUUAGAUGGCUACAAGGAUGUUGCAAAAAAUAUAUUUCAACUUAUACAAAAAUGUGGCCAACAUAGGCCCAAAGAUUUUGGAUUUGCUUCAACAUAUGACGGGUAUUUUGUGGUUGUCUAUAGAAAUAUUAUACGACAUAAAAAGGAUGAUUUCUUUGACCGAUUAACGGAGGAGCUCUUUGAUACAGUGUAUCCGUAUUUAAAAAAACCUGCAUCUUCCUCAUCUGUUAUGGAAAAUAAGGUUUUAAAAACAUACGUGACCACCCGGUUAUUUGAAGCUUUACAACUCAAACAUACAGAGGUAAUGAGACAAGAUUUGACAAAUGCUACGCAGCGUAGUUUAUCACUGCCCUCCAGAUUCCUGCCAACUUUAUGUGAAUAUCAGAAAAAAAGUAUUUUAUGGCUGUUAAAAAGAGAACUAGAUCAAGAAUCGUUUCCAGACUUCUUUGAAAAACUUACAGCUAAGGACCAGGAAACUACGGUAUAUAAACAUUUAUAUUCCCGUUAUAUACUUGCCGAGCCUCCUGAUGAUUUGGUAUUACCACCUGGUGGUAUUUUAGCUGAUGAAAUGGGUUUAGGUAAAACUGUGGAAAUGUUGGCAUUGAUUUUAUUAAAUUCCUGUCUUGAAAUCAACUUAUGCCCAGCAAUGGAAAUGUUCUUUUCGAACACAAUGGCAAAACGUAAAUGCCUUGAUUUUAAAUUAUUUUGCAUUUGCAAUUCCAAUUCAAAAUUAAACACUAUACAAUGUCAAAAAUGCCAAUUAUGGCAACAUCAAGACUGUGUAAAUUUCUUUGCUUCUGAUAUGGACAACGAAGAGGUCAAUACGCCAUAUUUAUGUCCCAGCUGCUGGCAGCUUACGGUAAAAGAAUAUGGUUUGUUGAAAACCAAAGCCACCUUUAUAGUUUCACCCAAUACCAUUAAAAUGCAAUGGGCUUCGGAAAUUAAACGUCAUAUACAGCCCACUUUAAAAGUUUUUAUUUAUGAAGGUGUAUUAUCGGGAAAAUGGAUAAGUCCUCGGCAGCUGGGAGAUUACGAUAUAGUACUCACGGAUUACAAUAUAUUAAGAGGAGACGUUUAUUUCACCCAAGAUAAUGUCAGUGAACGUUCAACGCGCAAUAAACCACGUUCUAUGCGAGCCAAUACACCCAUUCUCAUGUUGGACUGGUGGAGGGUGCUACUAGAUGAAGCUCAAAUGGUAGAAUCUAAAACCUCAAAGGUUGCUUCCUUAGUUCGAAUGAUACCCGCCAUACAUCGUUGGGCUGUUACAGGCACUCCCAUACAGAAUUCGCUUAACGAUUUACAACCUUUACUUCAAUUCAUUGGAUUCGAAGCCGCCAGUGAACCUUACGUCUGGCAACAAAUAGUCAAUGAGUUCGUGCAUCAACAUGAGCAACAGCUGGAAAAUAGCAAUGCCAUUGCUCCUACUUGCCCAGCCAUGAUCGAUAUUUUACAGAAAUGUAUGUGGCGUACUUGUAAAACACAGAUAGCAUCAGAAUUAAACAUACCACCACAAGAGGAGAUUGUACAUCGUAUACAAUUCGAUAAUCUAGAAAAACUCUUCUAUAAUGAACAGCAUGAAGAAUGUCGUAAUAAAUUCUUAGAAAAUGUCCAUAAGUACAGUAAGCGAAUGACCACAAUAUCACCACAAGUUAUGAAUAUUAUUUUACAGCCCUUUUUAAAGAUCCGUCAAACGUGUUCUAUUCCAGUUGUGGUGGCAACUUCUAAUGUCAAUAGGAAUCACAAUUUCAAUUCUCAGCAACAAAAACAAUUUUUGCAACCACAAGAGCUGCACGAUUAUUUGAAAUCAACAAAUGAGAUUUCUUGCAAAUCGGAAUUACGGGCCAUGGCUUCAUCGCAUAAUGGUUUAGCUGCUCUAUAUUUUUUACAAAAAAAGUAUGACGAGGCUAUCAAAAAUUAUAAAGCAGUAUUAAAACUGGCAAACGAUUACAGUGAUAUGAAUAUAGCUGUUGACAGCUUAUUACAAAUACAUGCACUGCAUAAUCUUAUGCAAAUUAAAAUCAUACAAUCGAAUAUUUCUAAAAUAAAUUUGGACAAAUAUGAAAAACAAUAUAAUCAAUUAGAAUGGAAGUACUUAAGUGCAUAUGCCAGUACUUUAACAACGGUUAAAAGUGGCUAUGAAGCAGCUUUAGACAAGUUGAGUACAGAGAUCUCAGAAAAUUUCAUAAUAACAAUGGCUGAUGGUCUUGAGACCCUCUCGUCCAAUGACGAAUCGAUUUUAUUGCAAAAAAUACACGAAGAGUGUUUGCCUAAAUUUGGACAAACUAAUGUAAAACUUGUCGAGAUCCAAUCCUCACGUUCUUUAUUGUACGUGAUACAAUUAUGGUUUAAUAAAUUGAGAGAUAUUUGGAAAACUUUACAAACUGAAAUAGAGGAUUUGAAAUAUUUCAGUGAGAAUGUACGGGCACGCAAUCAAGUAAGUCCAGCUAUCUGGAGAAAUAUUAUGCAAUUGGUGAAUUCUGCUUAUGAUUGUCAUUUAAGUGAAAUAAGGAAAAUUUUGUGUAAAUUAUGCUGCAUACGUAAUUCCAUGAAUGCUUUCGAAUGUCUGUUAUUUGAUAAAGUUAUUGAUAAGGAGUCAAAUGAUACAGAAGGUUUAGAAAAUCCUUCCUUUGAAAUGUAUCUUUGUAAAUUGACAUUCCAUUUUGUUAAAAAUAAACAUCGUAUAUUAACCAAUAUAAUGGAAAGGUGCUGGUUGUAUUUGGAAAAUAUGCAAUUGUUUUGUAAACGUUUAAUAAAAUUUUGGAUUGAAAUGGAAUAUACGAUUAAGGCUUAUGAUGAAUUGAAUAUGUGUAAAAUGCGCAUCACUUUAACCGAUGAUCCCGAAGAUAAAUCUAUUUUUAAGAUAAUGGAAAAUGAAAUUGAAGGACGUUUAUUGGAGCAACAAAACGAACUAAUGAAUGCUCAACAUCAAUUCACCAUAAAAUUAGCCCGACUAAGAUAUAUUAAACAUUUAGAGGGUAAUGAUGAUCCCGGUCCAUGUCCUAUAUGCCGUUUAACCGAAGAUGACAGAUAUGCUGUUUUGGAAUGUGGUCAUCAUAUAUGUUUUCCUUGUUUAAAAUCGAUACGUUUAUAUGUUAAGGGCAGCCAUUUUAAAUGUUCAAUAUGUCGUAAUUUACAACAAAAUCAAAAAAUAUAUUACGUAAGUCGCUCCAAAACAAAAUCGAUUGAUAGUGAAACAAUAAUUAAGGGAAACUAUUCAUCAAAAAUCACCUACAUAGUGCGCUUAAUUUUGAAAUUACAAAGAGAACAAAUAGAAGCCUUUCAACAGCAGCAAAAUGAUUCCAAUAUUGAAGAUGAGGCUAAAGAAAGUAACGUUAAAAUAUUAAUAUUUUCACAAUGGGAACCAAUUAUACAAGCAAUUGCCCUAGCGCUCAAUGAAAAUAAUAUAAAAUAUCGAGCACAAUGUACACCAAAAACAAUUGAAGAGUUUAAGAAUCCAAAUCUUGGCAUUACAUGUCUGCUAAUGCCCUUUGUAAGAGGCUCAAAAGGUUUAAAUUUAGUUGAAGCAACACAUGUUUUCCUAGUGGAACCUAUUCUUAAUCCAGGCGAAGAAUUACAGGCUAUAGGACGAGUUCAUCGUUUUGGUCAACAUAGACAAACUACUGUACAUCGUUUCAUUGUACAAGAAUCAAUCGAGGAAAAGAUUUAUAAUUUUAUUAUAAAUUCCUCUUCUACCUCAAGUGAUGCGACUGGUUUACAACGUAAAUGGGAAUUUGACAAUAUAACUCUAAAGGAUUUUGAAAAUUUAUUUACUUUAGAAAAUGGGGAAUGUGAUUAAAGAAAUGUAAAUUUAUACAUUUUUCAUUAAAAACAACAGUAUUUUAUAUUA